UGACAUAAUCAUCCGCUUGUGUUCCGCAGUGAUAAAAUCCAGCCCACUUCAGAAGGUGUGGCUUUGAAUGAUUUAAAUAAGUCAGACACACCACUGUCAACUUCAAAAUCUACCUGAGUAUACCUGAGGGAGGAAGAUCACUAUAAUUUUUUUAUUUAAAUUUUUUUUUGCGAUAUAAAUUGUUUAAUGAUGUACCAUGAGGAAGUGGAAUAUAUGGACACUUCAGAGGUCCCAUGGGUCAUCCCACCGGGCACCCAGUGGUUUUGGUAUUACCUGGCAGACUGUGGAAGGUGGCAUCGCAUUGAGGAUGAUCCUCAUAACAGUUUCACCAGUGAGGAUGUGGAAAGGUAUUACCAAAAGAACAACACUGCAAGUGUAGUGACUCAUUCAUCCAACUGCCGCAUCAACACUGAUUUCUUUGCAAUGCUGCAGACUGAUCUCAACACAGGAAGACAGAGAAGAAUCCAGCGGAGCACCAAAACUGAAAGAAGCUGUUCCUGUUUCAUCGUUGCUCCGGUUUUCUGGAAUGCAGUUGACCUCAACCGUCCAUAUCAGUUAAUCACUCUGAAUGAACGCACCCCGGAGUAUCAGACUGUGACAAGUUAUGUCAAGAAUGAUGGAUUGUUGGGCAGAUCCAUUCUAUCAAUUUUCAGGAUACAGAAUUUGGACCUCUGGGAAUUAUUUUGCAGGAAAGAACAGCAGUUAAUGAGGAUUCAUGGAGUCAAAGAUAUACAAGAAAAGCGUCUCUUCCAUGGGACCAAAAUAACAAAUGUUGACAGCAUUUGCAAAUACAACUUUGAUUUACGGUUAGCUGAACGUGGCGUGUAUGGCAAGGGGAUAUAUUUUGCCAAAUAUGCUUCAUUCGCGGACAAGUACAGUAUGUGCAGCAUGGAUCCUUUGCCAGUGGAUGGUGGGAACAAACACAACAGACCCACUAAAAUCAUGUUUUUGGCUCGGGUGAUAGUUGGAAAAUCAACUGUUGGACAAGCGAAUUUCCUAAAACCUGAUCAUGAAUCUCUUAUAAACACUCAUGACAGUUGUGUGAAUGAUAUCAAUAAUCCUAACAUUUUUGUUAUUUUUGAUCCAAAUCAAAUCUAUCCUGAAUAUCUGAUUCACUACAAAUGAACUCGGCAUGUGCAGGAUCAUCAUUUUAAAUGCAACUACAUUUUUACUUUUUCCUGUAUCUGGCCUUUAUAUACAUAUAUAUUUGGGCAAAUCUGUGUGCACUUUAAGAGAACUGAUAAUUACCAUUAUCAAGAAAAAAAUUUUUUUAACGACUUUGAAACAACAAUGUGCUACAAAUUAUAUCAAAACAGUUUGCUUAGCAGGUAGUCCUGGGUGUUAAAUGUAUCAGAAUUGACUUUUGUCACAUUUCUUUACAAUACGAUAAAAUUUAUGAACAAUUAAUGCAGAUUUCUGUUGAAUCCUGAAACAAAAAUGCUUUACAAAUAAAUUUUUCUGUC